AUGGUUAAUGCUUCAUCGGCUUGCAACGAAGCACGUUAUUUAGUUAGUCAAGGCGAUCCAGCAUUAUGGGAGGGAGUCUUACGCGAGGACAAUCAACACCGUCAUCUAAUUAUUGAUCAACUCAUUCAAAAUGUAGCGCCCAAAAUACAAGAUCCUGAUGAAUUGUCCGUCGUUGUCAAGGCAUUUAUAAAUGCUGACGUACCCAAUGAUCUAAUUAAAUUGCUGGAAAAGGUCGUCCUUAGAAACUCCAACUUCUGCAGCAAUCGUAAUUUAUCAAAUUUACUUAUCCUAACUGCUAUCAAAACCGAUCCAACGCGUGUCAUGGAUUAUAUCAAUCGACUCGAAAAUUUUGAUGCAUCUAAUAUUGGUGAAAUCGCUACUAGCGCUGCGCUCUAUGAAGAAGCAUUUGCAGUUUAUAAAAAAUUCAAAAUGAACACAUUGGCAAUGAAAGUACUUAUCAAUAAUAUUAAUGAUUUAAAUCGAGCUAAAGAAUUUGCCCAACAGUGUAAUGACUCAGAUCUAUGGAGUUUAUUGCCAAAUGCUCAAAACUGA